UUAUUUGUCACUAUUCUUGUAUUGAGCAUUGCAAACAAUGUGUUGUAUAUUUCUUCUUUGUUUCCUGUUAAUUCCAUCAGGUGUUCUGAUGGACAAUCCAUUAAAAUUAUUACAAUCAAAUGUCGCGACUUACGAAGGUGGUGCUUUUUUUCAAAGAGUUGAAGAUGUUUCAGCCAUUUCUAGCUGUACAACAAAUUUUUUUGAUGCUGAAUCUAAAAUAAUAAUUGAUUUGGAUAUCGAUAGUAAUGAAGCUACUUUUCCGAAAGAUUUCCAGGAUAAAACUAAUUUAAAAAGUCGUUUACACAGUCUUGGCUCUGGUUUUUGCGGUUUUAAAGUUGAAAAUGUAUCAUUAAAUGAUCCAACCAGUUGGAUAUUAAAUGUAACAUCAAAUGGAAAAAACAGCGUGGCUAACUUUGAACUUAGCAUUUAUAAAAUCGAAAAUAUGGAUACCGUCAAAGAAGUAACAAUUGGAUCCAGUAUGGUUAUUAGUUGUCUUGUCUGUGUUAACUGUGGUGAAACUUCAUCAAAAAUAUAUUAUUGCUUCUUAUAUAAUCCCAAGGGAGAAUUAAUCCAUAAGUCAACCGAGGAAUGUUGGUAUUUUGCCGAUGUUGCUACAAAUGAAGAUAUUGGAGAUUGGAAAUGCGUUAUGGGUAGAACUCCUUACAUUAAACCCUUAGAGUAUAAAAUUACUGUAAAAACAAAAGAAAUCCCUCAACAUGAAAUGUGGCGAAACGAAACGAACGAUUACAUUUCAAUUGGGUGUAUAAUAAAAAACAUUUCUCCCCAAACACAUUGUAUAAUGACUUUGCCAACGGGAGAAAAACUUUUAAUUCAGACAGGAAGCGCUUCUUCUAGAUACACAAGUAUUUAUACAAAUCUUCAAGAAAAUAUCUGCGCAAUAGAGAUACAAAAACCACUUUUAGAUACAGAAAUAGGACCUUGGAAAUGCGAAAUCAGUAACGAAGGUUUAUUAAUUCAAGUUGGUGAUAUAAAAGUUAUUCAUGAUGUCGAAUCCACGACAUCAACGGUAACCGAUUUAGGGAAAUCGUUUCAAAUUAAUUGUCAAGUUUCUUAUUCGAUUAAUUAUUGUUUCAUAACAAGUCCAAUAGGUGAAAGAUAUGAGAUAAAAGAAUCAGUAGUCAUAACAGACAGUCAAAUUAGACCUGGAUUGGGGGAAUGUUGGCUUGAAGUAAACAAGGCUUUACCUGAACAUAACGGAACUUGGAUAUGUUCGUUUAUUAAAAAAGAUGAUGUGGUAGCUGGUCAACAAAAAAUUGAUGUUUUUGUUAGAAACGUUAUAAAACAUUCAGAGAAAGUGUCAAGCUUGAUAGGAAAUGAAGCAACCAUGUAUUGUAACAGCCCAAGAUCUGCCGUUGAAUAUUGUUGGUUUAUUUCACCGACAGGAAAAACAUAUCAACUUACAAAUAAAGUAGACGCAAUGGGAAUCUCUUAUAUUGGAGAUGGUUUGGAAUUUGGAGAGUGUGGAAUGAAAAUAUAUAACGUACAAGAAGAAGACGUUGGAAAUUGGUCGUGUGUUUUAAACAUUGGAGAAAAGGAAUACGUUAACUUAAUUGUACUUGAUUUAAAUCCAGGAGGUCCGAUAUCUUUGGCAGCUAGUUUAGGUGCUGGAAUUGGUUCAAGUAUAAUUUUAUUGGUUGCAAUGGCAGCGGUUUUAUACCAUAAAUAUAGAAGAGUACCUCAACAUACUCAACCUAAUCAAGAAGAUGCAGCUUCGGAUACAAGCUCGGAAAUAGUUAUUUUAAGCGAACAAAGCACACUUCAACGCAAUCGUGCCGAUCAACUUCCGCAAUACACGUUUUAAAUUAAAUUGUAUUGCGUGAAUGUUAUCUUAAUUACAUAAAAUUCCCUGUAGUAAUUAACAUAUACGUUUUAGUUACUACGAAAAUAUACUGUUUCAAUCAAUACACAUUUCCACCUCAAAG